CUUUAUUUUGAAAUAUAAAAAAAAAGCCCACUAACUAUGUCUGUUAAGCCUACUGAUCCCUGGAACACUUGUCUCAAUACCACUCUCAAGGAAGAAGACAGUGAAGUUUAUAGCAUUGUUGAAAAUGAAAAACUUCGCCAAUGGUCUGGCUUGGAACUCAUUGCCUCUGAAAAUUUUACCUCUCAAGCAGUGAUUGAAGCCAAUGGUACUGCCUUGACUAACAAGUAUUCUGAAGGUCUUCCUGGUGCUCGUUACUAUGGUGGUAAUGAAUUUAUUGAUGAACUUGAAAUUCUUUGUCAAAAGCGUGCUUUGGCUGCUUUUGGUUUGAAUCCUGAACAAUGGGGUGUGAAUGUCCAACCUUAUUCUGGUAGUACUGCCAAUUUUGCUGCCUUGACUGCUUUAAUUCAACCUCAAGAUCGUUUGAUGGGUCUCGAUUUACCUUCUGGUGGCCAUUUGACUCACGGUUAUCAAACCAACAAGAAGAAGAUUUCUUCAUCCUCUAUCUACUUCCAAUCCAUGCCUUAUCAAGUGGAUGCUUCUACUGGUUUGAUUGAUUACAAACGUUUGGAAGAAAAUGCUGCUCUUUUCCGACCCAAAUUGUUGAUCUGUGGUGCUUCUGCUUAUCCUGCUGAAUGGGAAUAUGAUACUAUGCGUAAGGUGGCUGAUCAACAUGGUGCUUACUUGAUGUGCGAUAUGGCCCACAUUUCUGGUUUGAUUGCUGGUAAGGAAGCUCUUUCUCCCUUUGAUUAUUGUGAUAUUGUGACUACCACUACCCACAAGACUUUACGUGGUCCCCGUGCUGGUUUGAUCUUCUUCCGUCGUGAUAAGGGUGAUGGUCUUGAAUCUCGUGUCAAUCAAGCCGUGUUCCCCUCUUGCCAAGGUGGUCCUCACAAUAAUACUAUUGCUGCCAUUGCUGUUGCCUUGAAGCAAGCUGGUUCUCCUGAAUUCAAACAAUAUGCUCGUCAAGUCCGUGCCAACGCCAAAAAACUUGCUGAAACUUUGACUGGUUAUGGUUACCGUUUGUCUACUGGUAGCACUGUCAAUCAUUUAAUCUUGUGGGAUUUGAAACCUGUUGGUUUAACUGGUUCCAAGGUUGAACGUAUCUGUGAUAUGGUUCAGAUUACUAUUAACAAGAACUCUAUUGCUGGUGACAAAUCUGCUGUGACCCCUGGUGGUGUUCGUCUUGGUAGCUCAGCUCUUACAUCUCGAUCAUUGAAAGAAGAAGAUUUCGUCAAGGUAGGUGAAUUCCUUCAUCGUACUGUGGAAAUUGCUCAAAAGGUUCAAGCUGCUUGUGGUUCCAAAUUGAUGAAGGACUUUGUUGCUGCUUUGGAUGGUAACCAAGAUAUUGUCCAACUCAAGAAGGAAGUUGUUGAAUUCGCUCGUAGCUUCCCUAUGCCUGGUUUUGAUCCCUCUACCAUUCAAGCUACCGUCACUAUCUAAUUAUUUUUUUUAGUUAGUUUUAUUCCAUUUUUAUUUUGAUAAAUGUCAUCUUUUUACUCCAAUUUCCUCAAUUUUAUAUACAUAUAUAUAUAUUCAUUCUAUGCUAUUUUCAUUCUUUGUCCCUCUUUUUUUUUUCUUUUUUUAUCAAACACCUUCAUCUCAACAAUAAAAAAAAAGCAAAUUUCUUUUGUAUUAUAAUAAACUCAUUUUUUGAUCACUCACAA